AUGGCGGCCGUUCGAGCACCAAAACAAUGGUCUCUCACAACGACUGAAACAAUAACUUCCAUAGAGGCUUGGGAGAACAAUUUAAAAUACAUCCUAUCCCUAGACCAUAAUUUUGCUUCGUUCCUCACCGCUGGUGCUACUUGGCUAAAGAAAACCAAUGCCUCUCCUCUCCGUGGUUUUACCGACGAUGAUGAGGACAUUCCCCAGAUUCAACGCCGUACCGCUGCGCAAAAGGUGACUCAUCUCGAAAUGAUGCUUGGCCAACUAGCUAACUAUGCUCCUGUUAUUUCUCGUAAUACGAUUGUACGAAAUUCGACCUCCAUCAGCGGUGUAUGGCAAGCCAUUCGACAACAUUACGGCCUGCAAUCUACUGGUUCCCGCUUCUUAGAUCUAGCUAAUAUCAAGGCCAAAUUAGACCAAAGGCCUGAAGACCUUUACCAAUGCUUGAUGUCCUUUGUUGAAGAUAAUUUAUUAACAGCAGCAGGCGGAAUAACUCAUCACGGAAUAACCCCAGAAGCUGAUGAAGAGCUAUCCCCCUCCCUCGAAAACUUUAUUGUAGUUACCUGGCUCCAACUCCUCCGCCCAGACCUUCCACGUCUGGUUAAGCAAAGGUACGGUACAGAGCUCCGUUGCCGAACACUGGCCUCUAUAAAGCCUGAGAUAUCUCAAGCCCUCGACUCUUUGUUAGAAGAACUACGCACCAGCGAAGAAGCCAAAGUUCUGCGCACAAUCCACCCAAGCUUUGGAAGACCACCCCGCAUCGACAACCGCCCACCUGCCUCCUACCGCCCAUACCCCACAAAGAGCAAAACGACAUACAAGCCUCGUUCAAAUAAAUCCUGUGCACUAUGCCUCCAAGCUGGCCGCCCCGACUAUCGCUCCCACUUUUUAAGUACCUGCCAAUACCUGCCUGACUCAGAUCGUCAGUUUAUGGCCCGAGCACGCCAUGUUACAGAUAUCGAAGAUACCCAAGAGUAUGAAGAUAAUCAUCCCGAUGACAAUUAUCCACCCUCUCAGAGUAAUUGUGACUGCGAUCAUCCCAUCAACCAUCGCUCAGCUACCUGCCGUGUAAAUAUUACACAAUCUCCAUAUCUCCACGUCUUCUACAAUCAACACCCGCUUCGCCUUACUAUUGAUACUGGUGCAGAGACCAACAUGAUAAAGGCCUCCCUUGCCCAUUACAUCGGUUGCCCAAUAUCCAAGAGUUCACAACUUGCGUUACAAGCUGAUGGUCGUACUCCGCUCUCUAUUGUUGGCGAAACCCGCCUGUCAUUGUCCCGUAAUGGCAAGACCCUUACCCUCGAGGCUCUUGUUGUAGAAGACCUUGAUGUUGAUAUCCUCGCCGGAACACCUUUUAUGACCUGCAACGACAUUGCUGUCCGACCCGCAAAGCAUGAAAUUAUCAUCGCUGGUUCUGACAUUGUACCCUAUGGGUCCCCCAAUAGUUCCUUCAAAUACCAUGUUGUCAGAUAUUGUCAUGUAUUGCGUGCACCUCCUACGAACACCACUAUUUGGCCUGGUGGUUUCCUUGAGGUUGAUAUCCCUAUUGACUUCCCACCCGAUACCCAACUUGCUGUUGAGCCCCGGGUCGAUUCUACUUCGUGUCAAUCAAUUAAGUCCUCCCAUGCAUGGCCCCAACCUGGUAUUCUUGAGUCUGUCGGCAGAAAGCUUAGACUUGUCAAUUGUUCCACCGAGCCGAUCUUUAUUAAAAAGAACGACCACAUAUGCCAGGCUCGCCUCGUUACAAGCAGCUCCCCUCCACAAACGCAAGUGCCUAGCUCACCAGACCUUGGACCCCCACCCCUACCACUCCACACUCCUGGAUAUCAUUUAGAGCAAGUUUCCGUAGAUCCUGACGGCAUUUUCUCACCUGACGAGAAGCGCGACACUCUCUCUCUCUCUUGA